AUGAGCGCCAUCGACCCUUCCUCGUCGCCGCCUCCCGGCUCAUUCUUCCAUACGCACUACCAGCUCGAGGAGCUGAUUGGCAGUGGCGGCUUCGGAUGGGUGUGCAAGGCUACUCGUCGUGCGGACGGCCGCCAAGUUGCGAUCAAGCUCAUCUUCAAAAAUCGCAUGGCUCGCGAAUCCAUUGUUCGAGCCCGAUGGGAGGCCUCGGAGGGGCUUGACAUGUGGGAGGACGGCACAAUCGUGCUACCGCUUGAGGCCUACAUCCUUCGCCAGGCGCGGCACCGCGGCGUUGUCGAGUACCUCGACCUUUUCGCCGAUGACGACUAUUUUUAUUUGGUGAGCACAAUAUCAUCCUUGCAUUUCUUGCGUCGAAAUGGGGAAUAUGACUUUCUGAUGCCUCACUCCCACCUUUCCGCACCCGCUCGCAGGUGAUGGAGCAUCACGGCUCGCCCUGGCUCAAGCCCUCGAGCCACCACCACGUCGGGUCGAUCAUCCCAAUUCCUUCUCCUCCCUCACCGCCCCUCACACCACCGACAGCAUCCUUCUACCUCCACUCGCUGCCUUCUUCCUCCGACAUGGCCGCCCAAGCGAGCUCGCCGCGAUCCUCUGAAAUGAUGGCCUCUUCGUCGCAUGAAUUUCCGCGGAUCUCCCGCCCGACGCCGAUCCGACGGUCUUCGGCCCUCAACUCCUUGUCGCUCACUUCGCUCGAGCCCAAACCCCAAUCGACCACCAUGGCCCGUUCGAUGCCGAUGAUGCGCCGGAGCUCGUCGUCGGACCUGUUUGAGUGCAUCGAGCAGCACUCGCACUUCAACGAGCCGACGGCCCGAUUCCUCUUCGCGCAGAUCGCCGACGCAGUCUAUGAUCUGAGGAAGAGAGGCAUCACGCACCGCGACCUCAAGGACGAGAAUAGUAAGUUGCUGCAGUGUACUAUAUCUGAGGAGAUAGUUUCUAUGCUUGUCCGAAGACUGACCUCCCAUCUGCUUGGUGCCCAUCAGUCGUCGUUGAUGCCGCAGGCUGCGUUAAACUCAUCGACUUUGGCUCGGCACUUCACUUUCGCACGUCAGAGCCCGUCUCGAUGUGCGACCGCUUCUUCGGAACCGUCUCUUCUGCAUCCCCGGAAACACUCGACAAGGUGCCUUACCACCCUUUCCCGGCCGAGGUGUGGUCUCUCGGCGUGUUGCUGCACAUCCUCCUGACCGGCUCGACGCCGUACCCUACUCGCCAUCACAUCCGCCGUGCUCAGCGCAACCGCGAGCUCAAUUCUAAGCUCUCCGCCGCCGCGAACGAUUUGCUCGACCAAUGCUUCGCCGUGAACGUCGAUGAGCGCAUUACCCUCGAACGCCUUUGCGACCACCCUUGGAUGCGAAUGCGAUCAUGA